ACGUAGAGUGCUAGGCGCAUUAUAAAAAUGGUGUAACUUGUGCAUCAGAGAGAAGAAGGAUUCGGCAUCGCCACAAUCCUUCCACCCCAGAGGCCAAGCGGCACAGUACAGUCUCAGACUCUCAGUCUCCACCCACAUCGAACAAGGUACACAUAAAGCCUCCCCAUCUUGGAGAACAACUGUAGGACGAAUCUCCCGGUUUUCUCUGCGUUAGGAAGGCUGAAGGAUAUCUCGUGAAGUGAUUACCGUUAAGUGUUGGAAGUGUGAAGCGUUUUGUGAGGAUCGACAAAGAUGGCCCCACAGGAGUCUUCUGUCAGUGGGGAGGCAGAAGCCCCCAAAAGGUUCCAGUUGAAAGUCAACGGCAUUAACUAUACAGUCGGUCCAGAUGUCUUGCCGUGGACAACAUUAGUGGACUACCUGCGCGAACACCUGAAGCUUCCAGGGACGAAGGUUCUGUGUCGAGAGGGAGGCUGCGGCGUCUGCACAGUCGUAGCGACCGUCUCUGAUGCCGAAAACGAAGGGGCAGUGAAGACCUUCAGUGUCCAGGCUUGCCAGGUACUGGUGUACGCAUGCGCAAGCUGGAGUAUCGAGACAAUUGAGCACCUCGGGAAUCGCUAUAAGGGCUACCACUCAUUACAGAAAGCUCUUGCAGGCUUUUAUGGAACUCAGUGCGGUUACUGUUCUCCCGGGAUGAUCAUGACGAUGUAUGGGCAGUUGAAAUCAUCCAUGAGCCUAACUACAAGUCAGGUUGAGAAAUCUUUAGAUGCAAAUAUAUGCCGAUGCACUGGCUAUCGACCAAUACUGGAUGCUUUUAAAUCCUUCACUGUUGAUGCAGAUCCUUGCUUGAAAGAGAGGCUAGCUGACAUUGAGGAUUCUUAUAAGGCUACUUGUCCGAAAACUGGAAGUGCUUGUAGUGGAUCGUGUGAAGGAGAGAAAACUGAAGGAAAUGAAACACCAAUUCCAGUCCUGGAAGAAGACUUGAAGUGGAUAGUCGAUGGUGUUCAGUGGUUCCGUCCAGUUACGCUAAUGGGUAUAAGUAAUAUUCUGAAGUCUCUGACUUCUACUGAAAAAGUGCGCAUUGUUGUGGGAAACACAGGCCAAGGUGUUUAUAAAGAAGAUGGGCCAUAUUCAGCUUACAUUAGCACCUGUGGUGUGAAGGAAUUAUAUGCUGUGAAUCUUCAAUCUCCACUGAUACUUGGGGCCAAUGUUAGUCUGACACGAUGCACAGAAGUGUUUGAGCACAUGGCUAAUAACUUCAGUGGUUAUAGACACCUCCAACAAAUAAAAGAUCAUUGGUUGGGAGUAGCCAAUGUGUCGGUCCGAAAUAUGGGCUCCUGGGCAGGAAAUCUCAUGAUGAAGCACCAGCAUCGGGAGUUCCCCUCUGACAUCUUUCUGACUCUGCUGGCAGCUGAUGCUACUCUCAUGAUCCAGAACCAAAAUUCACUCACACCUGUCAGUGUUUCUUUGGAAAGAUUCUUGCAAAUGGAUAUGUCAAGGAACAUCAUCGUGUCUAUGACUUUACCACCUAUGCCUGAUCAGACAAAGUUCUGUACAUUCAAGAUAACUCCCCGAGCAGUCAAUGCCCAUGCCUAUGUGAAUGCCUGCUUCAAAAUGGAAAUAGAUGAAGCAGACGGGUACAGAGUAUCAGCAGCACCAACGAUUUUACUUGGAGGAAUUAAUCCAACGUUUAUGCAUGCAAAAAAGACUGAAAAUUACCUGUUAAACAGAAGACUCACAGAUGUACCAACUGUAGUGGAAUCAGCAGUCAUACUUGGAAACGAAGUGAAACCCGACAGUCAAAAACAGGAUGCAUCACCAGAAUACAGAAUAUCACUGGCAAGAUGUCUACUGUACAAGGCAAUCGUUCAUUUUCUUGGGACAAAAGUUAGCAGUGAUAUCAUAAGCGCAGGCGCAGUCAUUGAGCGACCUUUGUCUACAGGACAACAAGAUUUUGACAUGAAUGAAGACACAUGGCCUGUGGGAAAAGGCCUCCCGAAAAUUGAAUCAGCUACUCAGAUUUCAGGUGAAGCCUUGUACAUGGAUGACAUUCCCUACUUACCAAAUGAGCUGCAUGGAGCGUUUGUUCAGACGACAGUUGCUAAUGCCAAAAUCAAAUCCAUCGAUACAGCAGACGCUUUGGCUGUUCCAGGCGUGAAGAUAUUCAUAGCAGCUGCCGACAUUCCAGGAGAAAACAGUUUCGUCAAAAAUGCAGGCCCGUUUCCUGAUCCUGUUUUUGUUGGCGAUCGGGUGAGAUAUGCUGGACAACCAAUAGGACUUGUCGUUGCUGACACGCGUGGCACAGCAGUAAGAGCUGCAAAGCUGGUGAGGGUUGAGUACGAAGAUAUACAGAAACCUAUUCUUACAAUCGAAGAGGCCUUAAAACAGGGCCGGAGUGAAUUAUGCGAGAACUUGAAAACUGGCAAGAGGGAGCCACAGGUUUUUGGAGACAUUGAAAGCGGUUUUAAGGAUUCCAAGCACAAGCUGAUAGGAGAACUCCAUCAAGGAACACAGUUCCAUCUAACUUUAGAAGCAUAUGCAAGCAGAGUUGUUCCCAUUGAGGAUGGUUAUGAUGUUUUCUGUACAACACAAUGGCCUACCGAGACACAAGCUGUAAUCUCAAGCGUGCUGAAUGUACCAGCUCACAGUGUAAACGUGGAGUUGAGACGCAUUGGAGGAGGAUAUGGGGGCAAAAUCAGUCGCCAAAACGUGACAGCGGCCGCAGCUGCGGUAGCUGCUCAGAAGCUUUUCCAGCCAGUGCGCGUUGUCCUCGAUCUCAACACUGCCAUGACCAUGACUGGAUGGAGAGAGCCCUACCUCUCAAAAUAUGAGGUUGGUUUUGAUGACAAUGGAAAGUUCCAGGCACUGAAAGUAGAUGUCAUUGGAGACGCUGGCCACGUGAAAAAUGAUUCUGCAGUAUAUUACCUAUCUGGUGCAUUGCAGAACUGUUAUUAUAUCCCAAAUAUGAUGUAUAGGCCUAUCAUAGUGACAACUGAUACAGCUGCAAACACAUGGUGUAGAACACCUGGGACAGUGGAGGCACUUGGGACAAUAGAAUACAUCAUAGAACACAUAGCACAUUACCUGAAGAAAGACCCACUAGAGGUGCGGAUGGCAAACAUGGUUGCCCCAGGGGUUCCUCGUUUUGGGAUUCCUCCACACAAAGCCAAUAUUCUGGUUGAUGACAUCAUGCCACUCCUGAAAGAAAAGGCUCAGUAUGAACGAAGGAAAGAGGAAGUUGCUAUUUUCAAUAAAGAGAACAAAUGGAGGAAGCGUGGAAUUACGGUUAUUCCACUAAGAUACGGCCUUAACUACCCGUCAUCAUUCCGCUACGGAGUUCAGAUAGCGAUCUAUGAGCACGAUGGGACAGUGGCUAUAUCUCAUGGCGGCAUUGAAAUGGGCCAGGGUAUCAAUACGAAGGUUGCUCAAGUCGUGGCGUUCAAGCUGGGUGUGCCAAUGGACCUCGUAAUCGUGAAAAAAUCUGACACUAUGGUUGGAGCUAACUCUGCGGUCACAGGAGGAUCCUUCGGUUCAGAUUUAUGUGCUCACGGUGCUAAAGUUGCCUGCGAUGCCCUUUUCGCAAGGAUGAAUGCAGUUAAGGAGAGGAUGAAGAGAAACACCGAGACAGAGCCCACUUGGAUCGAACUCGUCAAAAAGUGUCAUGCCGUAGAUGUAGAUCUGUGUGAGAGAUACUGGACGGCAGGAAGAGAACACCCUGACCCAUAUGACAUUUGGGCCGCAUGCUGCUUGGAAGUGGAAGUUGAUAUAUUAACUGGACAGUACCUGAUACGCCGAGCAGACAUCGUAGAAGACAGUGGUAGGAGCAUGAAUCCUUACGUUGAUAUGGGUCAAGUUGAAGGCGCCUUUGUGAUGGGCUUAGGUCUAUAUACAUCAGAAAUCGUCAAGUUCGACGAAGAAACGGGACAAAAACUGUCGAAUGGUACUUGGGAUUACAAACCUCCUACUGCACUCGACAUCCCCGUUGACUUGAGGGUGACUCUGUUGCCCAAUGCAACGAAUCCCCAGGGAGUCCUCAGCUCGAAAGCAACUGGUGAACCGCCACUAUGUCUGUCAUUUGCCUUUGUGACGGCCGUUCGCCAGGCGAUAGCGGCUUUUCGUGCUGACGAUGGGCGAACUGAUUGGUUCCAUACGAAUACACCUUUAACUGUAGAGGCGGUUCAUCAGUUGUGUGGAGUCAGACCAGACCAGUUCAGCCUUGUGACACCAGCAGAUGAGGUCUCCAUUGACGAUUUCCAAGUGGUUGACAUAAAUUCGAUUCCAGAAGAAGAGAAAGAAGAUUCCUGCUCACUUGCUUAGUGAAAUAUAUAUAUAUAUACACACACAUACACAUAGGGAAACUGAUGUUUAAACAUUUAGAUCUAAAUGUUUAAAAUUUUUUUAGUCCACUGCAUUACAAAAGUUACCACAGAUCUUUCUUCGAAUAGCAACUCUAACUUUAUGUUGUAAACUAGUGAAAGUGUGAAUUACUAAAAUCAAUAUGGUGUUGUAGAACAUAUUCAGAAUUUCAUACCUGCUGCCCUGAGGAAAAAUUAACUUUUUGAAUUACAAGCACCUCAUUAAAGAGUUUAGUGAAUAUACAAAGAUAUUCUAGUAUUUUUUUCAUAAUACUACAGUAACAUGCUAAUGAAAAAUUGGUCCUAUUUACUUUUUUCUAUAUUUCAUCAUAAAAAGGUGUUGUCAUGCGUAUUGACAUUAUUCCAAAUUUAUUUUCUAUGGAGUAACUAAUAUAAGCCUUCUAAAAUCUAUGGUUUCAUAUAUUACAUAACGGAAAAUGGUUGUUUUAAAAUGCUCUUUUUUUUUUUACCAUACAGAAAUCCAUUCCAGAAUGUCCCUAUUUGAGUAAGCCACAGUUUCUUCAUAUUUAUUUACGCGACACUCUGAACUGGAUUAUUGUUUUUCAAGUCUUCAGUAAAGCUCUAAAGUUUUGUUUAAUUUUACAUUUAUGGAAAAAAUAAAAGGUUUACAUAAAAAAUUCUUGGUUAUCACAAAUAUUAACAUAGCCAAAAAUAUGCUCAUGCCCCGUAAUUUAUCAUUCUAGAUUCUCUUAUAUUUCCACUUUUCAGAGUUGAGCAGCAUCCAAGGAAGUAUAAAGGACAUUUAUAUCUUUCUUCCAGUGGAAUGUUUAGUUUUUAAUGCUUCUCAUCUUUUUUGUAUUUUUGGGUUAUAUAUAAAUGCUUGUUACAAAUCUUAAAAGAAAUUAUCAUAUUUCUGUCACAUGAUUCUCAUUUUGCGGUCCGGUCUUCAUGCUAUACGUAAUGCUUCUUUAUGUUAACGAAUUUGUAGUUACCAAUAGUUAACUCAUAAUUUAUGUCUUAUUACUUUAAUUUUUUUUUAUUUCUCAGUCUUUUUAUUAUCCACUUGGCUACUUCCUUAAAAGUAACCAGUGAGUUGUCAUCAUUUAAACACAUCUGAUCCACCUGUAAUUACUUUUCCAUCAGUUAUAACAUACGAGUAAUGCCAUGCUAUCUAGUACUGACUUGAUAUGUUUGUCCAAGAAAUUUAAUAGGUCCAAUAAAGGUGUAUUAUUUGUUA